GAGGCGGAGGUGGGUUUUUUUGUGUGUGUGGCAAACACAUAACCAAGAGCGAGUUCUCCCCCGUUAGAAACGGGACCAGGGAUGAAGCACCCAAGAUAAACUAGAGGAUUUUUUUUGUGGAUCUAGGCCCGACAAGAACUGGCAGUGACGGGGCCCAAGAGAACCACAAGUCCUAAAAAGGAGAGACCCACACUGCCACUGGCACAUUCUUGCUUCUGCUUCCCCCUGGAAACUGGCUCCCGUUUGAAUCUCCACCCCCCACGGAUUGACAACUGCGUUGGGGCUGGAAAUUAAUUCUUGCAGAAGCUAUUGCGUGGUCUUGGAGCAUCCCGGCUCAGCAUGUCUGUUUAGAUCAUAGUGGUAUACACUAGAAUUUUUUAUGGUGCAGCACUGUCUUUGUGAGGUCGCACAAGAAUGAAAAUAGAACAGCAAGUCCGUACAGACCCUGUCUUAGAGGAGAGGUCAGAAGGUACAGAAAAAGUCCCUCGUGUCCUCCCCAACACUGUUAGUCACAAACCCAGGAUGGAUAUGGAGCAAGGGAGUAAAGCUCCUGAAGCAAUGCAUUCUGGGAGCACUGGUGGAUCCCUCAGAAGGACAACUCCACAUCAGGUGAAAGAGGAACCUGAAGAAGGAUUGGCCCAGCGCUGGGAGGUCCAGUGGCAGGAGUUCCUAAGGACAGUGGCGCCCCCUCAUUCAGGCUGGGAUACCUCACCAUUGCCCAAGCAACCUUCACCAUGGGAUGACACGAAGGCCUUCUUGGCCUGCUUUGAGCAAGUGGCUGAAGCUUGCCAGUGGCCUAAGGAAGAGUGGGUGACCCGACUCUUGCCAGCUUUGAGUGGCGAGGCAGAGCACGCCUUCAGCAGCCUGCAGGCCAGCGACAGAGAGGAUUAUGGGAAAGUGAAGGCAGCCAUUUUGCAAAGUGAUGCCAUCAGCAGUGAAAAGCAGCGCCAGCACUUCAGGCAUUUCUGCUAUCAAGAAGCCGAGGGCCCAAGAGGGACUUACAGCCGACUCCGAGAACUUUGCCAUGGGUGGCUAAGAGUAAAGAAACAGACAAAGGAGCAGAUCCUGGAGCUUCUGAUCCUGGAACAGUUCCUGACUGUCCUACCCGCAGAGAUCCAGAGCUGGGUCAGGGAAUGCAGCCCAGAGACCUGCACACAGGCAGUGCUCCUGGCUGAGGAUUUCCUCUUGAAACAACAAGCCGCUGAGAGACGAGGCAGGCAGGCAGCAUCUGCAGAGGCAGCUGCGUGUUCCUCUGAAGUAGGCCAAGCUCCAUCUGACAUGGAGCAGAGGCAGCUGUGUGUGGAAACCAAGCAGGAAGAGGAUGAUGGGAAGACCAGCCACUGGACAGGCAGAGGAUGGAUGACUGGAGAUGAAGGGGAGGCAUAUCUGCUUGCAGAUUCCGAAUUGGUUGGGAGACACGGGGCGCCGACAUGGAAAGCCGCAAAGAUCCUUUCCCAGUGCUGUGGGCAGGAAACCACCUCAUUGGAUCGGGAAAGGGCAGAGCAGCAGCAGGAAACCCACCCAGUGGCAGAAGCGUACGAAUCCCAUUUUUGUGGGGAAGGUUACAAGACCCCCAGUGAAGCCACAGUGCAGACAGGAAUUUCUGCAAGGAGGAAACAAAACUUCUGCCAAGCUUAUGGGAAAGCCUUCGGUGUUCAGGAAAGUGAGACCAAGCGAGAACCACCAGGGAUAGCAUCAGAAAGACUCAAAUGUGCAGAACUGAAAGAGAACUUCCAGGGUCGAGAUGGACCAAAGAGGCAGGAGGGAAACAACGCAGAGAAGAGAGAGAAAUCUGUUGAUUGUCAGGCUGGGGACUUCUCUGAACUUUCAGUCCAACAAAGAAAACAAACAGAAAAGGAGAGGAGUGAGUAUCUCAAUGCCCAAUGGCACAUCUACACAGACCUUACAGUGUGUGGAACUCUCCCGGAAGAGGAUAAGCCUUAUAAGUGCUUGGAGUGUGGGAAAAGCUUCAACCGCAGCACGACCCUGGUGUCGCACCAGAGAAUCCACACCGGGGAGAAACCACACCAGUGCCUGGAGUGCGGAAGCAGCUUCAGCCAGAGUGCCAACUUCAUUAGGCACCAGCGAAUGCACUCAGGGGAGAAAGCACACAGCUGCUCGUACUGCGGCAAGAGCUUCUGCGACAAAUCGAGCUUUAUUCAACACCAGAGAAUCCACACAGGGGAGAAACCGUACAAGUGCCUGGACUGUGGGAGGAGCUUCAACAAGAGCACAAAUUUUGUCAGGCACCAACGGCUACAUACGGGAGACAAGGCGUACAGUUGCUCCCAGUGUGGCAAGGGCUUGUGCGACAAGUCGAGCUUGAUCCAGCACCAGAGGAUCCACACGGGGGAGAAGCCAUAUGCAUGCCUGGUGUGCGGAAAGAGCUUCAACAAAAGCACCAACUUCAUUAGGCACCAGAGGAUACACACAGGGGAGAAACCCCACAGCUGCUCAGACUGCAGCAAGAGCUUCUACGACAAAGCCAGCCUCAUCCAGCAUCGACGGGUCCACACUGGGGAGAAGCCCUUUAAAUGCUUGGAAUGUGGAAAGAGCUUCAGUCACAGGGGAAGCCUGAGUGCCCACAUAAGGAUCCACACAGGGGAGAGACCGUACACGUGCCCGGACUGCAGCAAGAGCUUCCGGGCUCAGUCGAGCCUUCUUAAGCACAAGAGGAUCCACACGGGGGAGAAGCCCUAUAAAUGCACAGAGUGUGGCAAGACCUUUGGGCAGAGCGCGCACCUGACUUCACAUCAGAGAUCGCACAUGGGGCCGGGAAUGUAUAAAUGCUCGGACUGUAGCAAGACCUUCUGUGAUCUAUCGGGGCUUGUUAAAUAAUCAUCAUCAUCAGGGGUGAAGAAAUGUUGGCUCAGUUGAUCAGCCAGACAAAAUAUUUUACUCGUCAAGCUAUAUUGGUAGAUUACUCAUCAGGACCUUUUUCACUCGUCAGGCAUCAUUUUUCACUCGUCACAGACUAGUAGACUAGUGGAUUUCUGCAGCCCUGAUCAUCAUCAUCAUCAUAGUUAUUUGUUAGCUGCCCCAUAACAAAUUGUUCUCUGGGUGGCUCACAACACAUUAAAAAAUCAAGUAAAACACACAACACAUGAAAUCACACUCCAAAGCAAAAGAAAAGAAAAAAAUAUAAAAUACAUGUGCCCAGGAGGGAACACGUGUGGAGAAAAUUAUGUAAAAUAAUUCAUAUAACUGCAGAUAUUCCUGGAGUGUGGCAAGUGCUCCAGUAUCUGUAAGUUCCAGGGAGUGAAACCAUUACAAAUGUUGUGUCUUGUUCUCAUUAGAAGAGCCUUGCCCAUGUAUCUAGUCCAGCAUCCUGUUUCUCAGAAUGGCCCACAGGAUCCCUCUGGGCAGCCCAUCAGCAGGAGAUGAAGGCAGACCACCUCUCCUGCCUCUGCUUCCCUGCAGCUUGUCCUCAGAGCCAUACUCAACCUGGAGAUAGCAUAUAAGCCAUCAAGAUGAGCAGCUGUUGAGAAUUUCUCUGUCCUCCUUUAAAGCCAACAGUCGAUGUUCUGUGCGAUGCAACACGGGCAGUUUGAACCAUUCUCUCUGAUGGAAGGAUUGCACAAGUGCAAUUGUGCAGCUUUAAGUUUCGGUGAAAGAGCACUCUUGUGCAACACCUCGGGCAUUGCAGUUUACAUGCCUGCAGCUGCAUGGGUGGUUCAGAACCGCCUGCUUUGCACUAUGCAGAAUGUCAGUCAUUAAGCUCAGUUCAUAACCUCAUUGAAUGCUAGAACUGGAAGGGACCUAAUCCAGCUCUGUGCUCAGUGGAAGAAACUGCUACAGCAUUACUAACAGAUGCCUGCCCAACCUUUCUUUGAAAUCUCCAGCAAAGGAGAGCCCACCACUGCACGAGGCUAGGGAUGUGCACAACAUGCUUUGUGCAUAUCCCAGGGGGUGGGGAGCAGUGUUCCCUCUAACAGGAAUUCCCAGAUGUUAUUGACUACAACUCCCAUAAUGCUCAGCCAAAGGCCAUUGGAGCUGGGGGUUCUGGGAGUUGUAGUGAACAACAUCUGGAAAUCCCUGUUAGAGGGAACACUAGUGGGGAGGGAAACCUUUUUUUAAAAGGAGGGACCUCCUUUUUAAAAGUACCCCUUGCCCCGAUUCAGUAGCAGGAGGACGAAUUGUUUUGGUACCUCUCCAAAGAGGCACCAAAAUGAUUCAAGCACAUCCCUAAACGAGGCAGACUGUUUCACUGUCCCAGUGGCUUACAGUUAGGAAGCAUUUCCUACUGUCUAGCCUAGAUCUGCUUCCUUGCCAGUUCAACCUGUUGGUUUUAGAUCCUGCCCUUCAGGUUCAUCGCUAUAUAUAUAUUUUUAGACUUGCCAGUUCAGUCACUAACCUUUUCAUUUGCAAUUUGGUUAUUUAUUUAUUUGCUACUGGUUUUCUCUGCCUUACUGUUCUGGUUUUAAUUUUAUACUGAUUUUUAUGGUUGCUGUGAGCCGCCUUGAGCAGUAUUGCGCCAGAGGGGCAGAAUGUAACUAUUUUAAAUAAAUAGACUUUACAUAAUGAUUUGGCAACUAGUUCAGACACAGUUCAUUCAGUAUAAUAUCAUGCAUUGCAAGUAUGCACGUGAUACUUACUUGCAGUAUGCACAAUAGUAAUUCUGUGAAGCAAAUACAAUAGCAACUAGUUAACGUGAGAGAAAAUUAUUAAUUUUCAAGCAGUUUACUUUUAAAUUUUUAAAAGAUUGUAUUUAACAAAACAUAUACAGCAGGCUCAAAACCUGAAAAACAUUCAUUUAUCUUACUGUUGCAAGCUGAAUGUCUGAUGUACUGAACUGCUUCUUUUGUACAGGUUAACCCUUUUUGUGUUUAGGGAUUCGGUUCAUGUUCAAAACAGCUAAGAGUUUUUAGGGAUUUUCACUGGGGAGAAAAUCCCUCUCUGAACUGACUUCUUUUUGUUUUGCAUACCACUUUUCAACAAAAAGGGUUCUCAAAGCUGUUUAUAUGGAAGAAGGAAUAAGAGGGGUUCCAAAAAGGCUUACAAACGUAAAAAGAAACACAAGGGCCACAGACACCAGCAACAGCCACUAUGGGGACAGUUUUGCUCUGUCUGAUACAUUUGCUGACACCAUAAAAUGUGCCUCUUGCCCUGUUAGCAGGGCUUUGGGCGGGGUCUGAGCUCAUGUUCAGUUUGACUCCUCGCUAAAUUGCCAUGGAAGACUCUGCAUAGGAAAAACCAUGUGUUGGUUAGACCCUUUGUGAUUUUGCAUAUAAAUGAAAAUAAACCACUAGCAAGGCCUAAGUCACGGAAGAGGUUUGGACAGUUACAUAAGAACAGCCCUGCUGGAUCAGGCCCAAGGCCCAUCUAGUCCAGCAUCCUGUUUCACACAGUGGCCCACCAGAUGGUGGGCCAGUUAUUUCCUCCACUGAAAAUGCAGCUGAAGGGGAAUGCAAAGGCUUCAUUAGUGAUGGACUUGCUGUAGCCCCAACUGAGAGCUGUCUGUAGGUACAAGCCUGAAUGUUUUCAGCAAGGGCCAUUGUGAUUUAGUUAUUUUUACCUCUCAGUUCGGCUCAGUAAGUGCUCAAGGGCACGUAUGAGUAAAUGAAGCUUUACCCACCGACGAGGCUUCUGCCUCCUUAUUAAACGGAAGGGUGUUCUUGUGACCGAGAAGUGACAGAAAUGCUUAGACUGGAGCAAAAGGGUUGACGAAAAGCAGGAGCAGCUCCAGGUAUUCCAGUGCCUGAGGCAAGGCCCCAAAUGCUGCUUUGCCCCACAACAAAUCGGGGCCAGCCAGGCCUGUAGGUAUAAUUGAGCCGGUGGGGAGAGAACAAAUGUCCUGGGGCCGUUGGUCUUUGGGGGACACCAAUAGCCUGCCCCCCCAUGCCCUCCCCCCAUUCUGCCUUUUAGGGUAUCCGGAAACUGGACCCCCAAGAUCACUGAGCUACCUGCUGCCUCCUCCUGCCAUGAGGCAUGGGGUCCGCCUACCUUUGUGACUCCUGCAGGCCAUCUGGCUGCCCACCCACUCACUGCCAGUCUGCCUCCCUUUGCUGGCUGUGCAAUGUGGUCUAGUAACAUGAUGGUGCCAACUCACGCCAGUGCAGUGACAUUAAACGGCAAUGCAACAAAAAGGGAAGCAAUACGAGCAGUCAGGUAGAAUGGGAGUGGCUGGCCUGUGGCACAGCUGGUAACAACAAUGGAGCCUGCCCCCAAUUUUGCCCGGAGCCACACUCCACAUUACUACGCCACUGGGACCAGCCUCCGUUCAAAACGGGGCUCUGCAGAUUUUUUACAGUGGUGCAGGAAGGAGGGAAGGUUGCCAACAGCCGCCUCCUCUCUCCUUGUUCAGAUCAGUCCCGAAGAGCUGCUCCAAUGGCAGUGAUAGGGGUACGUUGCCACCCUGCUGGUGGUCAUCCAAUGAUCUGCUGCCUGAGGCGAGUCCACCUCAGCUUGCCUCAUGAAAGGGCUGCCCCUGAUAAUCAGGCUGGAUUAUAUAGGAGGGCAACCAUACAGGUGACCUGUGGAGCGAAUCCGUGCAGAAGAGACACUGAGGAAAGAGAAAACUGCAAAAGUUUAAUGGAAAUGUCAACUUGGAUGGGAAGUCUUGCUGUUUUUCAGACACAUUUUGUUUGGUAAGAAUUGGAUUGUGGUUGUGUUUCUUCUGCACGUGUACGUGUAUAUGUAUACAUGUAUUUUUCUCUGUUUUAAAAUAUAUAUAUAUAUAAGCUUGUAGUUAUACACAAGGGUCAGCCACUUACAAAUAAAAAGCACAUCUGCAUACAGA